AUGACUCGAAGCGCGUGGCAGCCAACACGCAGCGUGGGCGGCAGCGCGUGCCCGCUGGAGGGCGACACGGCCACGCCCAAGGCGCGCAGGAAGGUGGCUGAGGACACCCGCCAGGCCUUCACGCCGCGUCACUCGGCCUCAGGCUGCCGAGGGGGACGUUCCGUCUUGGCCACGACCUUUGACCCGUACCUGGGCGGCAGGAACUUCGACGAGGCCCUGGCGGACCACUUCUGCGCCGAGUUCCGCGCCAGGCACAAGGUCGGCGCCGAGGAGAACCCGCGGGCCCUGCUGCGCCUGCGCCAGGAGUGCGAGCGGCUCAAGAAGCUGAUGAGCGCCAACGCGGCCGACCUGCCGCUCAGCGUCGAGUGCUUCCUGCAGGACCUGGACCUGGCGGGCACCAUGAACAGGGCCCAGUUCGAGCAGCUGUGCGCCCCGCUGCUGGCCCGGGUGGAGCCCCCGCCGACGCCCCCCCAGAGCUGCAUCGGCCGCUUCUCUGGAAACAGCGAUUUGGCGGUGUCACUGCCCUCGCACGACUCACUGGUCACUUCCAGUGGCGGCGGACGCUCCGUGUCGUCUGCAGGGGUCGCUGGCUGCUGUCCGGCCUCGGGAGGCCUCGAGCGCGCUGACAGCUCCGCCGCUAGGGGCGCCGCAGCCGCCGGCGUGUGCGCCAAGGGUCGCUGCGGAGCUCCGGCCGCUUAG